CCCAGCCCGGCAGCCAGGAGACCCCAUUGCUCCCACCCACCCAGCGGUGACAGCCCAGGUGGGCCCACGCCACCUCACCCAUGGGGAACAGCAAGAGCGGGGCCCUGUCCAAGGAGAUCCUGGAGGAGCUGCAGCUGAACACCAAGUUCACGGAGGAGGAGUUGAGCACCUGGUACCAGUCCUUCCUGAAGGAGUGCCCCAGCGGCCGCAUCACCCGGCAGGAGUUCCAGACCAUCUACUCCAAGUUCUUCCCCGAGGCCGACCCCAAGGCCUACGCCCAGCAUGUGUUCCGCAGCUUCGAUGCCAACAGCGAUGGCACCUUGGACUUCAAGGAGUACGUCAUCGCCCUGCACAUGACCAGCGCGGGCAAGACCAACCAGAAGCUGGAGUGGGCCUUCUCCCUCUACGACGUGGAUGGCAACGGGACCAUCAGCAAGAACGAGGUGCUGGAGAUUGUCUCGGCUAUCUUCAAAAUGAUCAGUCCUGAAGAUGCAAAGCGUCUCCCAGAAGACGAGAACACCCCAGAGAAGCGAGCAGAGAAGAUCUGGGGGUUCUUUGGCAAGAAGGAUGAUGAUAAACUUACAGAGAAAGACUUCAUCGAAGGGACCCUGGCCAAUAAGGAAAUUCUACGACUGAUUCAAUUCGAGCCUCAAAAAGUGAAGGAGAAACUGAAGGAAAAGAAACCCUGAUGUCAACCGCUCAGGUCUCCUCCCUGCCCACCCCUCUCAAAUAAACACGCGUGUGCACGCACACACACAAACACAAACACACACCGCCCCCGGGGCCUGGAGGGCCUCCAACCCACAGCACAUUAAACCCUCCUGCACACCUCCCUGCCAAACCAAAGUGUCGUUAAGCAAGUCACCAAGUCCCGCCCACUACACUGCCCGCCUCCCCACCCCUCAGCCAGCCAGCCCAGGCCUCCGUAAUAUUUCCAGGAUUAGGUCACAGGAGCCCUAAAUAUAGGUCACUGGAGCCCUAAAUACCCCCCGCCCCCAUGUAAGCUCCUUUGUGAAUUGUUAGGUAAGCAGGUUCCAAUAAAUGCAAGAGGAGCCGGGCA